CAAAUGUACAUAAGUUUUAUUUAUAGUAGACAGAAACUGGAAAGAAACCAAAUAUCCAUUAAUAUGUGAAUGUAUAAACAAAUUGUGGACUAUCCACACAAUGAAAUACUACUCAGAAAUAAAAAGGAAUGAACUGACACAAGUAACAACAUAGAUGAAUCUUAAAAGCAUUGUGCUACGUGCAAGAAGCCAGAUAUAGAAGACAGCAUACUGUAUGAUGUUAUUUAUAUGAAAUUCCAGAAAAGACAAAAUCAUAGAAAGUAGUGCCUGAGAUCAGGGAGAAGGGUAGGUGAUUGACUUCAAAGGUAUACAAAGGAGCAUUGUGGGAUGAUAGAAAUGUUCCAUAUCUUGGUUUUGGUGAUGAUUACAUGACUCCACAUUUGUUAAAACUCAUCAAAUUGCCCAUUUAACAUUGGUAGUUUUAUUUUUUUACUAAGAGAUUUCUAUUUUAGUUGAAUUUAACAGAAGAAAAAGAAACUGAGGUGAGACUGAAUAAAUUGUUGUAUUAUGUCUUUAUGCUGAGAGAUAUCAGCUCCUAAGAGAUUUCUCUAAAGUUAAAAGAAAUUAAUGUCAAUGAUACCUCCAGCUGAUUGAAGUCCACCCUUUCCACACUGAUGUGCAAUUAUAUGGGAAAAAAAUCAAGUCCAUAUAUGUAGGUAACAAUUUCUGAUUUCUUUUUCUGUUCCAUUGAUCUGUUUGUCUUUCUUUGGCCCAAAGCAGAAUGUCUCAGUUAUUAUAGUUUUUAAAAUAGGUCCUGCUAUCUGGUACAAGUCCUACUUUGUUUUUCUUCUUCAAAAAUGUUUUGUCACUCUCAGUCCUUUGCACUUCUUUUCUACAUAUACAACUAUAUAACCAUGUUUAAUGACUGCUUUUUUUAAAAAAAAUACUUCUCAAUUGUCAUGUCUUUCACUUCUUUUUAUCAUCUUAUUGCACUGGCUAGGAUACCCAAUACAAUGCUGAAUAAUUAAAGUGAUGAUACUGGGCAUUCUUGUCUUAUUCUUAAUCUCAAAGGAAAUUUUUCAAUAUUUUAAGAAAUCAUUGCUUAUUAUAUUUUCUGUAGACAUUUUGUCGGUAGGUUUUAAUAAGUAUGUCUUCUUGUCCUAGUUUGCUAAGGAGUUGAAUUUUAUUAACUGCAUUUUCUACAUCUGUUGAGAUUUUUCUUCAAUUUGUUGAUGUGGUGAGUUAAGUACUACAAGCAAGAAUACUUGAUAAUGCUAAAAACUGCUAUUCACAGUGACAAUGUAACAUGUAAGAGUAUCUGUAGACAUAGAUAUAACACCUAAUAUCUAUGCUCGUAGCAACCACCUUUAUAAAGCAGAAACUGCAGUGGAUGCAACAAAAUCAAUUAAUAGAAAUACAGUAAUAAUGACUUCAAUGCAAUGUUGUUGCAACGAUCUUUUACAGAAAACACACUUGCCACUUGAUUUUUCCCUAUUUUUUAUGUGAUGAAAUAGACAUAGCAUAAAAUUUACUAUCUUAAUCAUUUUUAAUUUUUUUUUAAAAUUUUUUACAAGACGUGGUCUAGCUCUGUCACCCAGGCUGGAGUGUAGUGGCACAAUCAUAGCUCACUGCAGCCUCAAACCCCUGAGCACAGUGAUCCUCCCACCUCAGCUUCCCAAAGUGCUGGGAUUACAGGCAUGAGACCCUGCACCUUGCCUAUCUUAAUCAUUUUUAAGUGUACAGUUAAAGUGGCAUUAACUAUAUUUAUUAAGUACAUUCAUAUUGUUCAUAUUCCACCACAACCACCACCACCACCACCAUCCAUCCAUCCAUCUUCAGGAUUCUUUAUCUUGCAAAACUGAAACUGUAUGCUCAUUGAACAAUAACUCCCUAUCCCCCUUAAAGCUGUCCCUGGCAAUCACAUUCUACUUUCUUUCUCUGUGAAUUUGACUACUCUGGGUACCUCAUAAAAAUGGAAUCAUUCAGUCUUUUUGUGGCUGGCUUAAUUCACUUCAUGUAAUGUCCUCAAGUUUCAUCCACGUUGUAGCACGUGGCAGAAUUUGUUCUUUUUAAGACUGAAUAAUAUUCCAUUGUAUGAGUAUACCAUAUUUCGCUUAUCCACUCAUCUGUUGAUAGACACUUGGAUUGCUUCCACCUUUUACCUAGUGUGAACAAUACCGCUAUGAACCUGGAUGUGUAAAUAUCUCUUUAAUACCAUGCUGUCAGAUAUUUUGGGUAUAUACUUAGAGGUGAAAUUGCUGAAUCAAAUGGUUAUUCUUAGUAUUUGAAGAAGUGUCACACCAUGUGGUUGCACCAUUUUACAUUCUCAUCAAUAGUGCACAAAGAUUCCAGUUUCUUCACAUCCUCACCAACACUUAUUUCUUCUUAAUAGUUUCCAUCCUACUGGAGUGGUGAGAAGUGGUAUUUGAUUGUAGUUUCGAUUUGCAUUUCCCUAAUUAUUAGUGACGUUGAGCAUUUUUUCAUGUUCUCAUUGGCCAUAUGUGUAUCUUCUUUAGAGAAAAGUCUGUUCAAAUCCUUUGCCCAUUUCUGCAUUGGAUUGUUUGCUUUAUUGUUGUUUUUGGAAGUUCUUUAUAUAUUCUGGGUAUUAAUCCCUUAUCAGAUAUAUGACUUGUAAAUAUUUUGUUUUUUACUCUGAUAGUGUCUUUUCAUGCACAAAGGUUUUUAAAUUCUUGUCAAGCCCAAUUUGUGUAGUUUUUUCUUUUGUUGCCUGUGCCAUUGAUGUCAUAUUCACAAAAUCAUUGCCAAAUUCAGUGUUGUUAAGCUUUUGCCAUAGGUAUUUCCUAAGAGUUUGUAAUUUUAGUUCUUAUAUUUAGGUCAUGAUCUAUUUUAAUUUUUGUAUAUGGUGUAAGAGUCCAGCUUCAUUCUUUUGUAGUGGAUAUCCAAUUUUCCUAGCACCAUUUGUUUAAAAAACUGUCUUUAUGCCAAUAACACACUUGUUUUGGGUAAUGUAGCUUUGCAGUAAGUUUUGAAAUCAGGAAGUGAGUCCUUAAACUUUGUUCUUUUUCCAAAAUUGUUUUGGCUAUUUGGGAGCCCUUGUAAUUCCAUAUGAAUUUGAGGAUGGAGUUUUCUAUUUCUGCAGAAACAUCAUUGGGAUUUUGAUAAGGAUUCCAUAGAAUCUGAAGAUUGAUUUAUAUAAUAUUAACAUCUAAACAAUAUUGUCUUCUAAUCCAUGUACAUGUCUUUCCAUUUAUGUCUUUAAUUUCUUUUAGCAAUGUUUUAUAGUUUUAAUUGUACACAUCUUUUACUUUCUUUGUUAAUUCCUAAAUAUUUUUUUCUUUUUGAUGUUACUGUAAACGGAAUUGUUUUCUUUUCUUUUUUGAGACAGAGUCUUGCUCUGUUGCCCAGGCUGGAGUGCAGUGGUGCAAGGCACAAUCUUGGCUCCCUGCAACCUCCACUUCCCAGGUUCAAGUGAGUCUCCUGCCUCACCCCCUGAGUAACUGGGAUUACAGGUGCCUGCCACCACAGGCUAAAUUUUGUAUUUUUCAUAGAUACAGGGUUUUGCCAUGUUGGCCAGGCUGGUCUCGAACUCCUGACCUCAAGUGAUCCAUCCACCUUGGCCUCCAAAAGUGUUGGGAUUACAGGUGUGAGCCACCAUGCCUGGCUGGAAUUGUUUUCUUAAUUUCAUUUUUGGAUAGCUUCAUUGUUAGUGAAUAAAAAUGCAACUGAUUUUUGCAUGUUGAUUUCAUAUCCUCCUACCUUGCUGAAUUCAUUAGUUAUAACCAUUUUUUAAAUGGAAUCUUAAGAAGGACUGGUGUUGGUUCUUCCUUAAACAUUUAGUAGAAUUCAUCAGUGAAGCCAUCAGGUCCAGGGCUUUUCUUUGUCAAGAGGUUAUUUUUAGAUUACUGAUUGAAUCUCCUUACAAGUUACAGGUUGAUAUGGUUUGUCUGUGUCCUCACCCAAAUCUCAUCUUGAAUUGUAGCUCCCAUAAUUCCCACAUGUUGUGGGAGGGAGCCGGUGGGAGAUAAAACUGAAUCAUGGGGGCAGUUUCCCCCAUACUCUUCUCAUGGUAGUGACUAAGUCUCACAAAAUCUUAUGGUUUUAUAAGGGAUUUCCCCCUUCACUGUUCUCUCAUUCUCUCUUGCCUGCUGCCAUGUAAGACGUGCUGUUUGCCUUCUGCCAUGAUUAUAAGGCCUCCCCAUCCACGUGGAACUGUGAGUCCAUUAAACCUCUUUUUUCUUAAAAACAAAAAAAUUACCCAGUCUUGGGUACGUCUUUAUUAGCAGUGUGAGAACAGACUAAUACACACGUCUAUUCAUAUUUUCUAUUUCUUCAUGAUACAAUCUUCGUAGGUUUUUUGUUUCUAGGCAUUUGCUCAUUUCAUGUAGUUUCUCCCAUUUUUCAGCAUACAAUUGUUCAUAGUACUCUCUUAUAAUCCUCUUUAUUUCUGUAGAAUUGAUGGUAAUGUUCCCAUUUUCAUUUCUGAUUUUAGUAAUCUGAGUCUUUUCCUUUCUCAUAGUCAAUUUAGCUCAAGUUUUAUUAACUUUUAUAAUCUUUUUAAGAACCAACUUUUGGUUUUGUUGAUUCCAUUUUUGUUUUAUCUGUGUUUUGAUCUUUUAUUAUUUUCUUCCUCUGCUAGUUUUGUGUUUGCCAUUUGUUCUUGAUAUUUAAUGUUAAUAAAUGUUUUACUUUUUAAUAAAUCUGUUAAUAUUCCAACUGUUUUUUAAUGUAAUUGCUUUCCUUUGUAAUCCUAUGUUUUAAAAACACUUGAAAACAUUGAAACGACAUAGGCUUCACCACACUUGUAAAGGUGCCAUAGCACAAAAAAGGUUAAGAAUCUUACUCCUAUUUAGAAACCCCCUUCCCAAAUCCCCAAUUUCCAUUACAUAUCCUGCUAUUUUCCUCUUAGAUCACUGCUUUUUAGACACAUAAAUAUUCCUGUUAUUCCUUGAACAGAACAAAGCAAAACUUCUAGUCAGGUGCGGUGGCUCAUGCCUGUAGUCUUAGCACUUUGGGAGGCUGAGGUGGGCAGAUGUCUUGAACCCAGGAGUUGGAGAUCAGCCUGGACAACAUGGGGAAACCCAUCACCACAAAAAAUACAAAAAUUAGCUCACUGCCAACCACUUCCACCCAGAAGGGAUUCUUGUGCCUCAGCCUCAUGAGUAGCUGGGAUUACAGGCACCCGCCACCACGCCCAGCUAAUUUUUUGCAUUUUUAGUAGAGACGGGGUUUUGCCAUGUUGGCCAGGCUGUUAUCGAACUCCUGUCCUCAGGUGAUCUGCCCGCCUAGGCCUCCCAAAGUGCUGGGAUUACAGGCAUGAGCCACAGAGCCUGGCCAUCUCCACUUUUUCUUAUCCCCCAAAAGGAUUAACAUCCCUGGCUUUAUGUAGAAUAGUGUACGCUGCCACAUCAGUGUUUGAGUCAUUCCCCAGAGGAGAGGGGAAUCCCCCCAUUUUUUUGGCAACAUCUUGUCUUCCCUUUGCUGUUGCUUCCCCCAACACACUUGGUUUUGUUCUAUCCUGUACUUCAGAUUUAUUUUUUGUUUUGUUUUUUUCAUAUUGAAAAGAUGACAUUGCUCCAAGAGGCAAAAAUAAAUGGGAACUGAAAAAAAAAGCUUUUUAUCUUAUUUAUUUAAUCUUUUAAUUCACCUGGAAUGAAUAUUAUGUCAAUUGGGAGCUUAAAUGCUUAAAUGUUUUUUUCCCCAAAUGGUUAACUAAUCCUCCCAAUAGCACUCAUUUGAAUAAUCUGUCCUUUCCCCAUAUAUGUUACAUGUCUUUUACAAAAUACAGCCUAUUUGCGGUAUGUUUCUGGGCUUUUGUUCUAUUGAGCUGUCUAUUUGCUUACACCAGAAAUGCCAGUUUACUUUUUUGUAGUCUUGCAAUCUUUUAAUUUCUACUAGUGCUUUUUAAUUUAACCUUAAUCCACUGUAUUUGUAUUUUUUUCAGUGGUGGUAAAAGGAAAAAAUUAAAAAUCUAAUGAAAGCAGCCAAAAGCACACAAUUUAUGUCCUGUUAAGACUUCCGCAUGUAAGUAUCAUGCUCCAAAUAUAUUUUUCAUCUUUACUUUUUAUGACGGAAAGGGCUCAAGUACUUUGGGAAGCAAAACAGAAUUGAGGGACGCCGAGACGAUACACAGCAGGCAUGUAGGGUAGCGUGGCUGGCAACUGUUCUUACAAAAUUUUAAUUUGAAUUAUACGUAAUGUACGUAAUAAAUUACUAUUUGGAUUUCCCUUUGGCAUAAACAGCCAGGGAAUAUAACUAACAUCAAAGAUCCCAGACUCUCGACACAAUAUACUACUAAUCGUAACACAAUUCUAGAGGGUCAAAAAAGGUAGAGAAGUUUGGACCGUGGAACAGACCUGGUGGAAUGUCGACACAAAGCGUUUCAGGGUAGACAAAGCCUACUCAGAACACCCUAAACGCGGAGUUUUGCUAAGUCGGGACGCUAAAAGGCAAGGGAAUGACAGGAAGUCCGCAGGCUAAUUCGCCAUUAAGAAACAGAACCGCGGCUUCUUCCACCUCCAGCGUCAUCGGCCCCCAAUUCGCUGUAACAAACGGAUAGUGUCUCGCAGCAUCAGACAACGGACUUGGAAAUCAGUUUGCGACCACGCAUCCGCGCCUUUUCUAAGAAAAAGAGGAAGGCGGGUCCAACACUGGUAACGGCAGAAACAUAGUUCACAGGGGCCACUGCAAACGCCCCGCCAGCAGCGGAACCGUUAUCUCGCGAGACGACGGAUCCCCAUAAGGCACAAACCUAGCGCCAAGGUUGGCUGUCAAGGUAGAUUCUAGGGUGUGGAAGUGGCUUUGUGGUGCCACCUCUAACCGCUCGGAGGUCAACCCCCAUUCUACACCGAAAACUAGGCCUUGGCUGCUAUGGAAGGACAGCGGCAAGAAAGCCACGCAACCCUAACACUCGCCCAGGCUCAUUUCAACAAUGGAGAGUACGCGGAGGCCGAGGCACUGUACUCCGCUUACAUUCGCCAGUGCGCUUGCGCGGCCUCUAGCGACGAGAGUCCCGGGAGCAAAUGCAGCCCUGAGGAUUUGGCUACUGCAUAUAACAACAGGGGGCAAAUCAAGUACUUCAGGGUUGAUUUUUAUGAAGCCAUGGAUGACUACACAUCUGCCAUAGAAGUCCAACCCAAUUUUGAAGUUCCAUAUUACAACAGAGGGUUGAUACUGUAUAGGCUGGGAUAUUUUGAUGAUGCUUUGGAAGAUUUCAAGAAGGUCUUAGACUUAAAUCCUGGAUUUCAAGAUGCUACUUUGAGCUUAAAACAGACUAUUCUAGACAAAGAAGAAAAACAAAGAAGAAAUGUUGCAAAAAAUUAUUGAUAUUUUUAACUUAAUGGAAGUAUUGAUUCAUGAUCCUUACAUCUGCAUCUAGUUAUCAGUAAUUUAAAGUAGAUAUUGAGCUAUUUUGAUUUAUAUUUAAGAAAUUAAUACAUUAGCACUGAAAGUUAAAUAGUGUGUUUAAGGUAGUUAAUUUCAGGUUGAAUGGGUUUUUUUAAUGAAGUGUAAAUAAUACCAAUGUAUAAGUGUAUAUUAUUAUAUUAAAUAUUAUAGUAAAAA